ACCCUGACCCCAACACAACCCCAACCCUGCGCCCCACGCAGGGGUUGGCCAAGUGCACGGCAAUGGGAUGCGGGGGGCAGGAUGGGCACCUCUCCCUCUGCCUGGGGACACGCGGAGCCCAGCAGCACAGUGGAGAUGGGUGUGAGGGCAUGACGCCGGCACCGCUCCGGGGUGCUGGGCAGGGCGGCCGCUUCGAGGAGGGCUUCCUUCCUCCUGGCCCAGGCUGCGCACCCUGAAGCCGUGCGGCUCAGAGCUCUCAUGUGACCACGGGCUUCCUGUGCGCUUCCCAGCGGCGGUGCCGACGCUUCGGUUCGUGCCCUGCCAGGCGCUGCCCCAGCGCUGCGCCGUGCCCCGGCACCCAGCACCAUGCUGCGCCGCAAGUCCUCCAACGCCAGCGAGAAGGAGCCGGGCCACAGGAAGCUCUCCCUGCAGCGCUCCAGCAGCUUCAAGGACUUCGCCAAGUCCAAAGUCAGCUCCCCGGUGGCGAGCGAGAAGGAGUUCAACCUGGAGGAGAACAUCCCCGAGGAUGAGCCCAGCAGCGCGGGCCCCGAGGAGGCGGCGCGGGGCAGUGGCAGCGGGAUGAAGCUGAGCAAGAAGUGGCGGGCGGUCAUCUCCCGCACCAUGAACCGCAAGAUGGGCCGCAUGGCCGUGCGGGCGCUGGCCGAGGGGAAGGCGGAGGUGGAGGAAGAGGGGUGUCCAUCCCCUCUGCCCUCAGCCGGAGGGGAGGAGCCGAGCCACGAGAAGAUGCCGCUGGCCUACUUGGAGAUGGAGGAGGAUGCACACCCGUCCUUCAGCCGCCAGCUGUCCAGCGGCAGUGAGGGGCUCAGCCCCAGCCAGGACAGCCCACAGCUAGAAGGCAGCAGCCCAGCCUACACCGGGCCUUUCUGCGGCAGAGCCCGCGUGCACACCGACUUCACGCCAAGCCCCUACGACAAGGACUCGCUGAAGCUGCGGAAAGGGGACAUCAUUGGCAUCAUCGAGAAGCCGCCCGUGGGCACCUGGACGGGGCUGCUCAACAACAAGGUGGGCUCCUUCAAGUUCAUCUACGUGGACGUCAUCCCCGAGGAGACAGCCCCCACCCGCAAGAGCCGGGGCCAGGGCAAGAGCAAGCGGCUCAAGCCCAAGACCCUCCACGAGCUGCUGGAGCGCAUCAACCUGCAGGAACACACCUCCACGCUGCUGCUGAACGGCUACCAGACCCUGGAGGACUUCAAGGAGCUGCGGGAGACCCACCUCAACGAGCUGAACAUCACCGACCCCCAGCACCGCGCCAAGCUGCUCACGGCCGCCGAGCUCCUCCUGGAUUAUGACACAGCGAGCAGCGAGGCGGAGGAAGGGGACGGCUCCGCAGAGCAGCAUUCGCCCUCGGAGCCCAAGGGGGACAUUCCCCGGGACUCGGGCUGCUUCGAGGGAUCCGAGACCCUGGAUAGCAGCCGCGAGGAGGUCGAGCUGCCGAGCCCCGAGGGGCAGCUGCAGGCUCUGUCCAUGGCAGAGUCCUCCUGAGCCCCCACGGUGCUUUACGGGCUCUGGUGUGGCAGUGGACAGGGGGGAGAACUCAGUGGGGAGCGGGCGAAUGCCAGGGACGAGGCCCCACGGCAGGACUCUGCGCUGCAGGCAGGUCGGCCCCCCAGGCGUGCUGCCCCAGGAUGUUCUGUGCUGCCUCGCACCACCAUCCCCUGCAGCAGGUGCCCCAGGCACCGUGGGACAGCCCCAGCGAUGCUGCAGGUCUGCUUGCCUGGGCUGGGCUGCCCCUAUCGGGCCUGCCCCAUUUCAUCCACAGCUUCAGGAGCAUCUCUGGGAACCCUCAUCUGCCAGGCUAAGCAAAUGACAGUGCACAGGAGCCUGCAUCCUUGCAGGGAGAGCAUAGACAGAGCAAGCCCGGCGCUGAGCAAAUCAUGCAAGCAAGCAGAGGCAUCCAGGCAACAUCUCCACCAGCAAGGAGGACUUUGCCUUCCCCAAUCACCAUCCUCACACAGCCAAAGCAGAGGGGGGAAGAUGUGCUGGAGGUACAGCCGAGCCCUGAGAGCAGCCCAGCAGAGCACCAGCAGGCAGCUGGGGGAGAACCCCCAUGUUCCAGAGGGGCUGUGGGAGGAAGGGGGAUGACCUGUGCAGGUCCAGGCUUUCCCUACAGCCCUGUGGGACCAGACAGGCUGGUUCCUCCCAGCACCAGCUGCCCUAAGCAUCCUCGGGAAGGGGCAGGGCAGCUGCAGCACCAUCAGGGCCAGGAGGUGGGCAGGAGUGUGUACCACCUGCAACCAAACCCUGGGCUUAAGAGGACUGCAGCACUCAGACAGCCCAGGCCCUCACAGCUGCACUCAACCACCUCCAACUCCCACCCUGUAGUCUUGGACCUCUGAGCCUCGAGUUUGUUCCUUUACUUGAUCCCAAUAAAAGCGUGCUCUGGCCUUCAGCCUGCUUCCUACCUGCCCCAAAAGCUUGGGGAGGGAGCUGGGGAUGGAGCAAUUUAUCCUCCCAGGACUGGCCCGUGCUGCACUUGAUGGCCAUGUUCUGGGGAACAGCAGGACACAGGUAAGAUAAGGGCUGGCUGCAGCACUGCAUGGAUGUGUGAGGUGCACAGGGGACAAGGAAGGAAGCAGCUCACUUAGGGAAGCACAGACAAAGAGAGGCAGAGGCGAUAGCUCAGCCAUUUUCCAAAGCAAUUAAGUUUCCUUUGUUGUUUAAAAAAAAAAAAAAAAAAAAGAAGAAGAAGAAGAAGAAAAAACAACCCUCACCCUACCCCCACUUCCUUCACAAGAACCUGAACAGAGCAGACAGGAACCACAGGUGCAGGCAGCAUCCGUGACAGCCCAGCAGGCAGCAC